AAAGGAAAUAUGUCUUUUCGCAGUGGAAUAAGUAUAAAAACAGCAAAUUCAUACAACAAGUGGCACAUUCCUAUAAUCAUCAAUAUGAAUAUAAUACAAACCAUAUUCUUAUUUUAGCCCUGGCUUUUAUUGGUGACUUAUCAAGCAACACUCGCCAAUUUUGUUUUUAAUUUCGCCUAGAUUUUAUUUUUCUUCUUGUCCUUUUUUUUCCUUAACUUACUCAACUGAACAAUGUUCAGCUGUGACUGUAGACACCCAGAUAGUCAACGCUCCUCUUUUCCGCGAAGUGGAUAUAUGAAGCAAAGUCAUCUUUGCUCUCCUUGCACUAUUUCUACAACACGCGCUCCUGCAAAACGCCGAUUUUCGGGCGUCGUGGCCGAACGCGCGUAACGUUCUCUCUCUCUCUCUCUCUCUCUCUCUCUCUCUCCCUUUUCCCCGAGAAGCUUCUCCGAAAAAGUAGGCGGUAAUUAUUAGUGGAAAAUGGCGAGCAGCCAUUAGUGGUGCGGGGGGGGUACUUACUAUUGGAGGGGUCCGCAGGAUUGAUGAGGCACAGUAGCCAAUGAGACCUCGCCUUGCGCAGCGCCGGGGCCCCCAGUUAAAGGGGGCGUUAAAAGAAGAAGUGCCAGUCCAGUGAGAAAGAGAGACCCUCCGAGAUAAACACAGACAAUCGAAAGAAAUAAACAGAGCGGUGGGGAGAAGGAGCCAAGAUGCGCCCUGGAGCCGCGCUCUGCGUCAGGACGCUGCAGUAAGAGCGCCGUCCACCUCGAUGCGUAAAAAUACGGCCAUCCUCACUCUCACUUCGCCUGGAGAAAGAAAGCCGAGGGAAACAUUUGCACGUUUUUUUUUCGUUCAUGGGGAUUCCGAGUUCCGAGUUAACUUCGGGAGAAACACACUAGGGAAGUAGUAGCGAUCCGCUCGAGUCGAGAGGUAGCGCGUUACAGCCGGCGGAUCGUCGCUUUGAACUUGGUCUGAUGCGGCGUUCGGGACGCUGCGCUGCCGGCGACUCCUCCUCCGUCUAGACGUCCGACCCGUUUGCUUUCCCGGCCGGCGUUGUCGCCUCGGCUUCUCGUUAAUAUUUGAGCCUGGCGCGCUAGAACGAAGCCCCGGCACGUGCGCUGUCGUCGCCGAUUUUAGCGAGAUCCGCCGAGAAAGCAGCAGCAGCAGCAUCAUCAUCAUCAUCAUCAUCAUCAUCAUCAUCAUCAUCAUGUUGCUGGACGCUGGGCACCAGUUCCCCGGGCUGGGAGUUGGCACCUUCGCCAGGCACCACUCGAGCGACAUGCAGGACAGGGACCUGACCCUCGCGCAGAACACCUUCGUGGACUCCGCGCACAUGGGCGCCUUCAAGCUCAACCACCACGACCUUUCUCCGGGACAGAGCUCAGCCUUCAGCUCGCAGGCGCCCGGCUACCCCGCCGCGGCUCUGGGCGCCCACGCAGCCCACGUCACGUCGUACGCGAGCUCGCCCUUCAACUCCACCAGGGACUUUCUGUUUCGCAGCCGCGGCUUCGGGGAAUCGUCUCCCGCGGGCGGCCAGCAUGCCCUCUUCGGCCCCGCAGCGGGGUCCCUCCAUCACUCGCACGCAGACAGUCAAGGCCACAUACUGUUCCCCGGGAUCCACGAGGCGCAGCACGGAUCCCACGGCUCUCCGAACGUGCUCAAUGGACAAAUGCGACUUGGACUACCAGGGGAAGUUUUCGGACGCUCUGACCAGUACCACCAGGUGUCGAGUCCCAGGACCGACCCGUACUCCGCAGCCCAACUUCACAACCAGUACGGCUCCAUGAACAUGAACAUGGGCAUGAACAUGGCAGCUCACCACCACCCCGGUGCCUUUUUCCGCUACAUGAGGCAGCAGUGCAUCAAGCAGGAGCUCAUCUGCAAGUGGAUCGACCCGGAGCAGCUGAGCAACCCCAAGAAGAGUUGCAGCAAAACUUUCAGCACCAUGCACGAGCUGGUCACCCACGUCUCCGUGGAGCACGUCGGCGGACCCGAGCAGAGCAACCACGUGUGCUUCUGGGAAGAGUGUCCCCGGGAAAGCAAGCCCUUCAAGGCGAAAUACAAACUGGUGAACCACAUCCGCGUGCACACGGGCGAGAAGCCCUUCCCGUGCCCCUUCCCCGGCUGCGGCAAGGUGUUCGCGCGCUCCGAGAACCUCAAGAUCCACAAGAGGACGCACACAGGGGAGAAGCCCUUCCAGUGUGAGUUCGAGGGCUGCGAUCGGCGCUUCGCCAACAGUAGCGACCGGAAGAAGCACAUGCACGUGCACACCUCGGACAAGCCAUAUCUGUGCAAGAUGUGUGACAAGUCGUACACACACCCCAGCUCGUUAAGGAAGCACAUGAAGGUUCACGAAUCCUCUCCUUCGGCUUCGGACUCGUCGCCCGCGGCCAGCUCUGGGUACGAGUCCUCCACCCCCCCAGGCUUGGUGUCCCCUUCCACCGAGACGCAGAGUAACACCAACCUGUCCCCCGCGUCUGUGGUGCACAGCGGCACUGGGCACAGUGGCCUGUCGUCCAAUUUUAAUGAGUGGUAUGUGUAGAACAGAGACCUCGAACCCGGAGCCAUUUCACAGAUCAGAACGAAAAAAAAAAUCGAAGAACGUCCCUGUAAAUAGAAAUUCUUGUACAAACAAAGCCGCGCCGAAUGGACGCUGUACCGUUACGCGCGAAUCCACACGAUGAGGAAAGUUGCAUUGUGAAUACAAUACUGAACCCAAGAAAAUGGUUUGAGAUUUAUUCAAUAUUUUGUAAAUGGUCAUAGAGAACAAAUACUCUCUCCCAUGGUUGUUAUACAUUUUGUCAGUCUUUGGUGUCAUAGAUGUUCCUUCCAUGGUAGCUAUAUCUGUAACUGGACUUUUAGUGCACAUAUUAUGGGGAAAAAAAUCUUUUUGUAUUCUGAUGUUAAAUAUUGUGAUCUUAUGAAGGCAAUUUGAUUGUAACUAUACAACUAUCGACUGGAACCG